AUGUGGAUCGACCUCCCUGUGCCGAUUUAUCAGAAACUUUAUUUUUUCAAUAUCACGAAUCCUGUUGAAUUCCGUGAGAAAGGAAGUGCUAUGGAAGUCAGUGAAGUUGGUCCUUUUACGUAUCGCAGUUACUGGCAUAAGAAUGAUAUUCAGUACCACGAAAAUGGAACGAUUUCUUACAGAGAAGAAAAAACAUUCAAGUUUGUUUUAGAAGAAUCGGUUGCGGAUGAAAGUCAAACGAUUUACACACUGAAUGGACCUCUCAUAUUUGGUUCCAACUUUUUGAAGAAUCGGAGUUCAGCUUUGCAGAAGAGUGCCAAUGUUUUUUUCAAAUUCUCUGGAGAGAAGAUUAUCGUCAAAAAGACGAUCGCAGAACUAUCAUUUCAGGGAUACAAAGAUUCGAUCAUAAAAAUCGGCCGAUACCUCAACCCAGAAAUGCCAUUCAAGAAUGGUGAAUUUUCAUGGCUGUUUGGACGCAAUGCUACAGAUGAUGGGCUAUUCGAAGUAUACACUGGAAAACUGAAUCACGACAUGCUGAGUAUGAUUUACAAAUGGAAUGGAAGCACUCAUCUGAAUUACUGGAAAGGUGAUGAAUGCAAUAAGAUCAGUGGAACAAAUGGAGAAUUUGGACCUGCUCUGCAACCCAAUCAAUCUACAUAUACGUUUUUUCAACCAAUCUUUUGCCGAUCUAUGACUUUCAAUUAUACUGAGGAUUAUACACAUAAAGGUGUUUUAACAAAAAGGUUUGUAAACCACAAGGCCAUUUUCGCCAAUUCUCAGGAAAAUCCCGAAAAUUAUUGUUUUGAAAAUAACCUGAAUCUCCCCUCAGGAGUUUUGGACAUAAGCUCGUGUCAGUAUGACGCUCCAGUGUACCUAUCCUUCCCUCACUUUUACUUGGCGGAUUCCUCUUACACGGAUAACGUAGCUGGUCUUCAUCCAUCCGAAACAAACCACAGUUCUCACAUUGAUGUUGAGCCUCAGAUUGGAAUUACUGUUGAUUUAGCGAUUCGGUUUCAGUUAAACUUAGAAAUCGAAAAUAUUCCAAAUCUCUCGGAACUUCAAAAUAUCCCUCCUGGAUUGUACCCAAUUUUCUGGACAGAAAUCUCUGUACAGUUUACUCAAGAAUUAGCCGAUUUCUUGUACAAUCGCUUAAAGAGACCUGUUGUUGCAACCUAUGCAGUUCUUGGCUUACUGUUUGCUGUUUCAACUGUCCUGGUAUCUUGUGCAAUUAUUGACUUACUUAUUUGGAAGAGUUACAAAGCGAAAGACGACGAUGAGGCGAGAAGACCUUUACUGAGUGACGGUGAUAAGAGUAAUUAUUCUUCUGUAUUUCAAGAAACAGGAUCCAAUAAUAUUUCUCAUGAUUCACCUUCGAGUCAAGCAAGGGGAAAAGAAAAGGCCAGUUCAUCAAAACCAUCGGAAAGUCGCUCAGCAAAGUUGUCAGAUGAACCUGUUCUAGAUGUAUCGGAGAAAACUGAAUCUAGUCACGUUGUCACAGCUCACAUGUCUGCAUCUAGCGUAGAAGUCAAGAUAGUUGACUCAAGGAAUCGAAAAAAUGAACUCAUGAAGUAG